CGCCACUCGUGGCACCAACAACGAACUCACCUCUCAUGAUUCUUUUCAUCCUCGAGGAAAACGAUGAACGCCGUCAUGGAAGACGCUGCGACAGACGGCCAUGGAACAGAUAUCGCUGUGUCAUGACAACUCUACGAUGACCAAGCUGAGCCACCCCGGAGGCUUGUCUCGAAGCGUCGACCUCUCUACGAGUAGAUGGACAGGCUCGAAGCAAUCAGCGUCCAUGGAGCUGAUCUGAGACGCUAGAGGCUCGUGUCUCUUGAGCCCUAAACACUCCUGGAUCAUGACCCAUCGCGGUAAAUUGCCAGGCUCGCCUGUAACGUGCUUAUCUUUUGCUAGGCCCAAGGGUGGAAAAACAGCUCCCUUAUCAACCAAAUUCUAUUGGUGAGUGACGAGCCUUUUUCAUCUUGCAUCAUCGCUGAAAGAUCGGCUUGCCAUAUACAUGUUUCUUAAAAGAGCAUAACAUGUGUGUGAAUCCGCACCUUUUGCUUUUCAUUCAACCCGUGCCCUGUCUGAGCUACAAUGGAGCAUGAAAAAGUCGCCAACGACCAUCCGGGGGUUGCCAGAGGGUCGGUAGCACCCGAUGCAAGGCGCCGCUCAAGUCUCGUCGACGUACGAGAUGAUGAUCUCAUCAACGUCUCUGGCCAUAAACAAGAGCUCGACCGGCUGUUCAGCUCCUUCAGCGUCGUGUCGACAGCCAUCACCACCGGCAAUGUCUGGAUCGCCCUGGCCGGGACCAUCGCGGUGGCGAUUUUCAACGGCGGCCCCACCGGCAUCAUCUACGAAUUCAUCGUCGUCUCCUUCUUCUACUGGUUCAUCGCAGCCAGCGUGGCCGAGCUCGCAUCUGCCAUUCCUUCUUCUGCCGGAGUCUAUCAUUGGGCCACCGUCACCGCUGGUCCUCGCUAUGGUCGGAUAUGUGGAUACCUGGCGGGAUGGUGGAAUUUCUUUGCCUGGAUCUUCGCCACGGCGGUGACCUUGCAGAUCACGGCAGCCAUCAUCAUCACCAUGGCCCAGCUCAACGCGUCCAACUACGAGUACCAGCGAUGGCAGGUCUUUGUGGUUUUCCUGUUCUGUGCCUGGCUUUUCGCGGCGGUGGUACUGUUCUUCAACAAGGCCAUCCCCCUGCUCGAACAGAUUGGAGGCUUCUUCAUCAUUGCUGGGUUUUUGAUCACGGUGAUUGUCUCGGCGGUUAUGCCGCAUGUGCAGCACAGAGAAUAUGCGACUUCUCAUCAAGUGUGGGAUUCGUUCACCAAUUUGACAGGGUACAGUAGCUCAGGGUUUGCAUUUCUGCUGGGAAUGCUGAACGGCGCGUUUGCUGUGGGCGUGCCCGACCUUACGAGCCAUCUGGCGGAAGAGAUGCAAAAUCCAAGCAGGAAUAUUCCGAUGGCAGUGCUCUGGCAAUACAUCGUCGGCUUCCUGACUGGGCUGCUGUUUCUAAUCGCAGUUCUCUAUGGCCUGACCGAUCUCGACAGCCUGUUCGACACGGGAUACGUCUUCCCGCUGGGCGAAAUCUACCGACAAGGCACAGGGACCAGCGCGGGGGCCAUUGGACUUCUCUUCCUUGUCCUCGCGCCUACCACAAUUGCGUGCAUGGGAUGUUAUUUGACGGCCUCCAGAAUAUUCUGGACCCUGGCCCGUGAUCGCGCCACGCCUUUCGCGAGCUUCUUCUCUAAGGUCUCGCCGCGCCUGAAAGUCCCUGCGAACUCGAUUGUUCUGUGUGCGGUCAUUUGCACGAUUCUGGGAUGUAUCUACGUAGGCAAUCUGACGGCCUUUAAUGCUUUCACCAGCUCUUACAUCGUCCUCUCCAUGGCUUCAUACCUCUCGGCGAUACUGCCGAAUCUGCUGUCCAGGCGAACCAAGGUCGUCCCAGGCCGGUUCUGGAUGCCCGGCGCGGUCGGACUCGCGGUCAACGCGGUGUCGUGCCUGUUCAUGAUGGCGUUUAUUGUCAUUUUCUGCUUUCCGUUCGCCAUGCCCGUCGACGCUGAGACGAUGAACUACACGUGCGUCAUUUUCGGAGGACUGACCCUCAUCAUGGGCACUUUCUACCUGCUUCUGAGAGGCAAAUAUGACGGGCCCCAAGUGAUCAUGCUCGGCAGAAGCGUGGAGAUGACGGCGCAGGAAUACAGAAACUCCAUCGCCGCGUGAAGGCGGGCACGGCACAACAAGGACGCUAUCAGGUCAAUCUACCCUGACGUUACAAAGCCAUUUCAUGUCCCAGAGCCCAGAGUUCUCAGAGUUCAACCCAGUCUGUACAUUCUUUUCCGCAUGAUCGAAGUCUGCGCCAUUUCGCAGCCAAUGUCCAAAAGAGGCAUAAUUUGGAUUGACGAUUCCUUUGUUCUUCCGACCAAGAUAAUGGUUUUAUUGUUGCAACCCCAAUCACUGAGUACUUUCUUCGUUGUUUCAGAGGCGGGUGUUUCUUUGUCGGAGCCAAAGAUGGGUGUCCUUUGUUUCUAUAUUUGGCCGAGCAGCGAUAUCGAUAAAGUCUCAUGUUGUAUCUUUUUGCACAUAUACCUUUGAUCAGAUUUGUACAGAUAUUCUCCAUUCAGUUCUCACGUCCCUUCUUGCUACUGGUUUCAUUAGCUGUUUGCCUUUUUCUUAUUCGACUAUUUUGCUAUACAUGAGCGCUCCUAGACAAUCUUCGCCG